AUGGCUCCUACGAAGCCACGGCGGUGCAACCCCCUGGCCUUCAACCGGUGGCCUGUGACGAUCAUCACCACCCUCGUCUACGUCGCCUUGCUCGCCCCGCUGCUCGUUGUCCACCACGUCCUUCCUGCCGCGCCAGAGACCGCGCCCGACGGCCUCGAUAUCGACGAAGCAUGGCGCGACUUGCAGUAUCUCACGGGCGGUUUCCAUCCGUACAACUCCCACCGCAACGACGAGGUGCGGAGUUGGCUGUUGAACCGGAUAGAUGAGAUCAUCCUGGAGAGGAGAAGAUUGUCGGCAGCUGACCGGAGACUUCGACGAGGCGCGGAGGACGCGCGCCAGCCCGAGGUUUUUGUCUUCGACGAUUUGCGGUCGAAUCUCACGUUCUCGCAAUCGGACCUGGGCGUCUACUUCGAAGGCACGAAUAUCAUCGUGUAUAUCCGAGGCUCGGAGGACGAUAAGACGAACUGGUGGGAGCAACCGGAUGGCCGACCGUCUGGCAAGGGCGGCGUGCUCGUCAAUUCGCACUACGACAGCGUGUCUACGGGCUACGGUGCUACUGACGAUGGAGUCGGCGUGGUCACUUGUCUGCAGCUGAUCAAGUACUUCACCACGCCAGGGCACGAGCCGCGGAGGGGACUGGUCAUCCUGCUCAAUAAUGGCGAGGAGGACUUUCUCAAUGGCGCGCGCGUGUAUAGUCAGCAUCCCAUAUCGAAGUUCGCGCAUACCUUCCUGAACCUGGAGGGCGCCGGUGCCGGAGGACGAGCCACGCUGUUCCGCAGUUCUGACACGGAGGUCACUCGAUUCUACGAGAGGUCUGAGCAUCCGUUUGGCUCUGUGUUAUCAGACGCGGGUUUUCAGAUGGGUCUGAUCCGCAGCCAGACCGACUAUAUUGUCUUUGAGGGCGAUCUCGGUCUGCGGGGAUUGGAUGUCGCGUUCAUGGAACCUAGAGCCCGGUACCACACGGACCAGGACGACGCAAGACACACGAACAAGGACUCUCUGUGGCAUAUGUUGUCGGCAGCAGUUGCGACGACAGAGGGACUGGUCUCGGACUCCAGCGAUGACUUCGAGGGCGAACCUCAGGGGCCGGGCAAAGUGCCCAGUGGGAGAGGUUCGCGGGCUGUCUGGUUCGAUCUCUUCGGCAGUACAUUUGCGGUCUUCCAACUCCAUACGCUCUUUGCUCUUUCGGUGACUCUCCUGAUCGUGGCUCCGCUCACGUUGCUCAUCACCAGCAUCAUCCUGUCCAACGUGGACCGCAUGUACCUGUUUAGCAUGAAGGUUACGAUCGACGACAGCGAUGAGAAGGUCUCGCUGCGUGGUGUGAGAGGUUUCUUUCGAUUCCCCUUCUUGUUCGGUUGUUCUGCUGGUGUCACCGUCGCGCUGGCUUUUCUGUUGACCAAGGUCAACCCUCUGAUCAUUCAUAGCAGCCAGUAUGCGGUGUGGAGCAUGAUGGUCUCAGCCUGGGUCUUCACUGCAUGGUUUCUAGCCCGCGUUGCGAAUUUUGCCCGACCAACGGCUCUGCAUCGCAUCCACACGUUGACCUGGAUGUUCGUGCUGACGUGGGUUCUUCUUGUCGUCGCGACCGUAUACGAGAACCGGGAUGGGUUAGCUGCUGGAUAUUUCAUUCUUUUCUACACGUUCGGGACGUUCCUGGCGACAUGGGUGUCUUAUCUCGAGCUGUUUGCGCUGCCACGGAAGAGAGAGUAUGCCAGCCAGUUCCGGCGCGGAUCGAGACGAGCCAGCAGUCUCGGCAGCCGUCUCUUGUCGCCGUCUGCCGACGAGGUCGGGGGUGCUGUCCCGAAUGAGGAAGAGGAGCCAUCGGAAUCGACGUCUCUGUUGCGAGGCGGGCAGCGGACUACGUUUGCAAACUACACCCGAGUCGAGGUCGAAGAAGACGACAUUGUCACUCCUGAGGACGCGGGUCAGGAGCGGGGUCGGGAUCCCAAUGUAUACGGCUACGAGCAGCCAUGGAGUGCCAGAUUGCCUAAAUGGACAUGGGUGCUGCAGCUCCUUCUGAUCGCUCCAAUCGUUAUUAUUCUCAUCGGACAAUUGGCGUUGCUGGUCACGGCUGCUGUCCAUCAGACCGGUCAGGACGGCAGUCCGGUGUUGGUGGCCUACCUGUCCAUUGCUGCUUUCACAACGCUGCUCUUCACGCCUGUUCUGCCGUUCAUCCAUCGGUACACGUAUCAUAUUCCGACGUUCUUGUUCCUUGUCUUCAUCGCGACCCUGAUCUACAAUCUGGUUGCCUUCCCGUUCUCGGCCAGCAACCGACUCAAGCUGUUCUUCCUGCAAGAGGUGGACCUCGACACGGGCGUCAAUCGCGCUUCUCUGACAGGCAUUCCUCCUUAUGUGAACGACGCGAUUAAGUGGAUCCCAAGUGCCGCGGACCAGAAUGUGACGUGUGCAUGGCAGACAGAUCGUCUGAAAUGCUCGUGGGACGGGCUCGCGCCGCAUGUUAUUGGCACCGAGGGCCAGGAACCGCCGCUGCAAGAUUGGGUGUCGUAUAAUGUGACUCGCACGGACGAUAUUAGUAACAGCAAGAACAGACAUCAGGCUCGAUUCCAGAUCACGGGCCUGAACACGCGCGCGUGCGUGCUGAAGUUCGAUUUGCCGAUUUCGCGAUUCCAAGUUGCCGGAUCGGCGGUCGACGAGCAGCGGUUCCCCACGACCUCUCCUGCAGGAUUGAGGGAGAUCCGACUGUGGAGCCGCACGUGGGAGAAUACAUGGACAGUUGAUGUCGAGUGGGAGGGUGACAGCAGCGAGCUGAGCGGCAAGGCGACUUGCCUGUGGAGCGACGACAACUCGCCUGGUGUGAUUCCGGCUCUGGACGAGAUCCGUCAGUACAGUCCGGACUGGGUGGCCGUGUCGAAGCUGGCCAGUGGGCUGGUUGAGGGGAGUCGAUUUUUCAAGAUAUGA